GAUACCAGUAGUUGACUGCUAUGCCUGCGCGCCUCCUUCCAGGUGCCACGCUACCUUUCCAGUCUCAGGGGACGCUGUGGAGCUGGGAAUAUAGCUGUCUGGGAGAGAAAGGACGAGUUUUCAAGUCGCCAUUUUCCCCGGUGCACGGUCAACGAGGGUGCCCUCGUUCUCCUCGCGAGUGUGCGAGUUAAAUCACGUGCGCUGACGGUCACUUCUUCUUUUUUCGACUUUAGUUUGUAACAGGCCAGUAAACCGGUAUAUAGCAGAGAAAGAGAGAGCCGCCAGCAUGUCGAAGAGACCUCCUCCCAAGCCGGUGCCCAGGAAACCGGGGCACGUUCAGGUUGUGAAGGCCGUAUACCCCUACGCAGCACAGAACUUUGACGAACUUUCCUUUGAAGAGGGAGACACUCUCUACAUCAUCGAGAAGCAAGAUGAUGGGUGGUGGAAAGCUCGCUGCGGGAAGAAAGAGGGGCUUAUUCCUUGCAAUUACAUUGAGAGCAGUACAGAGUCAAUUGAUAACCCUCUGCAUGAGGCAGCUAAGAGAGGGAAUCUGCCAUUCUUGCAGGAAUGUCUUACUAACAGGGUUUCUCCUAAUGGUCUGGACAAGUCAGGUUCAACAGCUCUCCACUGGGCAGCGAGCGGUGGUCAUGAUGAUUGUGCCCAGGCACUGCUCAGGAUACCAGGACUGGAGCUAAAUGCUCGGAACAAGUUGGGAGAUACGCCGCUCCACAACGCAGCAUGGAAAGGCCACGCUGCAAUAGUUGCAAUGCUUCUGGAGAAAGGAGCUCGGAAGGAUAUUCGUAACAACGAGAAGCAGCUGCCGUACGAUCUGUCAGCGAAGAACCCUGAGGUGGGCCGACUCCUAAUGCACCACAGUGAUGUGGGAGGGGAGGAAUAUGGGGAAGAGGGGGACUCGGACUAA